UCUGCAACCUAACACAGUGAGCUGCUGUCAAUGGGAAAACCCCACAGUGUGGGCCUAAGUCACAGCCUCCAUUUCCAUCCAAUCAGCGAGUCCGCCUGAUGAAUCUGACCAAUGAGCGACGAGAACACCGAUGACAGCAUACUUUUGAGCACUGUGAGGUCGUCUCCUGUAAAUAAUACAUGUCAUAUCUAAAGCAGCACAUUGUACAACUAUCUCCGCUCUCCGACGAGAAUCUUCUUAUCUACAGACUGCCACUAUGGUUAAGAGGGUGGAAGUCAUCUGCCAUUCACCGAACAGCCCCUGAGAUGACUGAAGUGACUCCAGCGUGAUGUUUACCUCAUUCAAAGCCUCCGCUGCAUAGAGCGCUAACAGCAGCUAGCCCUUUAGCUAAUCAGAGCAUACAGCCUCACAGCCUUUUUACAGAAGCUUAAGUACAAAUACAAUGGGCUCUUGAGAUGGCAGUCAUUUGUGCAGUCUGACUCAUCAUUUCAACAUCCAAGAUAUAAAGUUGACUCGGGCUUGCCUUGAUGUGCAGCUCACUGCCUAUCGGGCAGCCAUGAGCUCUGCCUUGUGGAGCCAGGAGAAGCCCAGUGGGGGCUUCAGGGAGGACUGGCGCUUCUACAUGGUGGUCAAAGAGUGCACAGUAGAGAAGCCUCCCCAAAAGACCUUGAGGAUUCCUCGUGGAAGUCUUGGCCAGGCGUGCCAGGAGCGCAAUAGCCUGGGGCGCACAUUGCCACCUUGCAAGGGCAAGAAAAGUUUGCGCAUACUUGACCAAACCAAUGUAGUACUUAGCCUGGAUGAACGGGACGUCCUUGAGCUUGAUGAGAAACUGGCUGAACUCCUCUUCCCCAUCACCAACUGUGAAGAACGCUACAGCCUUCUCUGCAAUAAGUCGCGUCUGGAGCGUGUGCGAGACAUUGACUGUGGCUCUAAGGUCCGUGUCCAGCUCCGGUCAGGAGAUGACCCGCUGCCUGGUGUGGUCCGCUUUAAGGGCUCUCUGCUGCCGGACAGGGCUCUUUCUGGGAUCUGGUUUGGAGUUGAAUUACUGGAGGAGGGCAGGGGACAAGGAUUCACAGAGGGCUCCUAUCAGGGCCGACAGCUUUUCCGCUGUGAAGACGAGUGUGGUGUGUUUGUGGCCCUGGACAAACUUGAACUUUGGGAAGAGGAUGAUGAAGAUGGUUUGGGGGAGCUGGAUGUGGAACAUGUCAGCCUGGUAGAUGAUGAUCAGGACUAUCCUCCACUUCCACCCCUGGAGAUCAACUCCAGGGUCCUAGUGCAGACCAGAGGCGGCCCAGAGAGAGGCACCAUCAUUUUUUGUGAUUUGCUGCCAGGAAAUGAGAGUUUGGGCUACUAUGUAGGAGUGGACAUGGACAAUCCUAUUGGCGACUGGGAUGGUGUGUUUGAUGGAAAGCUACUAUGUAAUUUUGCCAGUUUGGAGCAUACAAAACUAGUCCCCAUUUGUGACGUAAUGCCAGAAUAUUCCAUGCAGGACCAAAGGCUGCAAAAGCACAGUUUUCCCUCCAGAGGUCCCAACAAUGACAAAUCUGGCCAAAGCAAACCAAAGAGUAAAGGUUUAGGUCAUCAGUGUGGCAGUAGAAGCAAGUCUGAAUUUUACUAUACUUUAAAUGGCAGCUCUGUUGAUCCCCCUGCUCAGUCCAAAUCCAAAAGCACAUGGUACAUUGAUGAAGUUGGAGAGGACCCUGCGAAAUCACUCACUGAAACUCCUCCUGACUUUAACCAGGCCUCCCCGCCUUCCAGAGCACCCCCUUCAGCCUCCUUGUCCAGUGAUAACAAGUUCCACUCCCUGCCCUUUAGCUUGAACAGAAAGACUGGGCCCAAUGAUAGCAUAAGCCAUGGAUCCCUGUCCCUCUCUGUCCAGUCUGUGAUGGGGGAGCAGCCUGAAGCCUUGUUACCUGCUGCACCAUCAUCCCCUCGACCUCCCACACCGCCUCAUGGACAGCCAGGCCUGGAGGUGGGCUCUCUGGUGGAAGUGAAGGAGAAUCCCCCUCUGUGUGGUGUCAUUCGCUGGGUGGGACUGCCCCCUGGCCUAUUGGAACCACUGGCUGGACUGGAAUUGGAAGAGGAGUGUCCUGGUUGCACUGAUGGAACCUUCAAAGGUACUCGUUACUUUACUUGUCCACCAAAAAAAGCCCUGUUUGUAAAGCUCAAGUGCUGUCGGCCCGACUCCCGCUUCCCUUCCUUACACCAUUCCUCCAACCCCAUAGAGAGAUGCAACUCCAUUGCUUUUGGGGGUUACCUAAGUGAGGUGGUGCAUGAAAACACUCCACCCCGGACAGAGAACGAUGGUCUAGAUGUGAUGGUGGGAAAAAAGAAGGGCAUCCAGGGCCACUACAACUCUUGCUACCUGGACUCUACUCUCUUUUGUCUUUUUGCUUUUAGCUCUGUUCUGGAUACGGUUUUGCUAAGACCACGUUCUAAGACAGAUGUGGAAUAUUACAGAGAGACCCAGGAGCUGCUGCGCACAGAGAUAGUUAAUCCCCUGCGAAUACAUGGUUAUGUGUGUGCCACCAAAAUUAUGAAGCUAAGAAGAAUUUUGGAGAAGGUGGAGGCGGCAUCAGGUUUUACAUCAGAAGAGAAAGACCCGGAGGAGUUUUUAAAUAUCCUGUUUCAUCACAUUCUUAGAGUGGAUCCUUUACUAAAACUAAGGUCAGCUGGUCAAAAAGUUCAAGACUGUUAUUUUUAUCAGAUAUUUAUGGACAAAAAGGACAAAGUUGGUGUUCCCACAAUCCAGCAACUUCUAGAAUGGUCUUUCAUUAACAGUGACCUCAAGUUUGCUGAGGCUCCUUCCUGCCUUAUCAUCCAGAUGCCCCGCUUUGGCAAGGACUUCAAAAUGUUCAACAAGAUUUUCCCCUCACUGGAGUUGGACAUCACAGACCUACUUGAUGACACUCCAAGGGAAUGUCGAAUCUGUGGCGGCCUGGCUCUGUACGAGUGUCGAGACUGCUACGAGGAUGGAGAUAUCACUGCUGGCAAGAUAAAACAGUUCUGUGAGAAGUGCAAUACACAGGUUCAUCUCCACCCGAAGAGAAAAGCACAUCGACAUGGUAAACUUUCUGUCCCCAAGGAGCUCCAAGAGGGAAUGGGUCGACAGGGGAGCUUCCCCCGCCAGAGGAUGGAGCUGUUUGCUGUGCUUUGUAUAGAAACCAGUCACUAUGUGGCCUUCGUCAAAUACGGGAGUGCGGACUCAGCCUGGCUCUUCUUUGAUAGCAUGGCUGACCGUGAUGGAGGACAGAAUGGGUUUAACAUUCCCCAGGUGUCUCCAUGUCCAGAGGUGGAAGCCUACCUUAAAAUGAGUCCAGAAGAACUGCACGCCCUGGACCCUAAGAGUAUCCAAGGGCAGGCGCGGCGCCUCCUGUGUGAUGCUUACAUGUGCAUGUACCAGAGCCCAACCAUGAGCCUGUACAAGUAGAGUCAUCUCUGUAAGCUUUAGUCACAACUCCACCCUCCAUUUGCAACAUAUUUACCGACAAACUCAACUAAAAGAUGCAACUUAAAAGGCAGCCAGCUCUGGGGGUGUCCAGCCCUCCGGAUGAAGAUCCUCUUUGCACUGUGCAAUAGUUAAGUGUUGUGGUUCUCAUGUUGUCCCAUGUAGCUUUCUGCUCUCACAGCCUGUAAGAUACUGACGCAAGCCUUACAAAUCUUUCUUUCAUAUUUUGAAGGAGCGUUAGGGGUUUAUUGCACAAGGAGGACAAAGUUCAACAAACCCAAGACAUAAUAUUCAUAUUCAGCCUACCAAUAUACUAGGGUUGCAAUAGUCACUAUGAUUAUCAAAAUAUGAUUUGGAUUAUUUAAUAGAUGCAUGCCACACAUGCCAAAUGACCAUUUAUAACAAAGACAGCAGCAUUAUUAAAGGGGAUGUAUGAUGCAAAUUCAGCCUUUUAAUCAUGUUAUAACAGUGUUCCCUCAUCAUAAGCUUACUAAGAGUGUUCUGUUGAUUCUUGCAUGUUUGAGUAAUCUUCUGUUGUCCUCAUACAAUUUGCAUCUACCUAUCUCUGCCCCCUGCUCUGUAGUUUAUUGAAAUUAUUUUAUAAAUCUAGACUCUGGAUCAUACGAAGGAUUCAAAAAAGUCAUGUGGCCAUUUUUCAACAAUAAAAACAUGUAAAUGAAGUUCUGCAGUUUUGAACACAAUACCCGUCUGUUACUAAGCUGUUUUAAAUCAAUAUUGCAGUUUACAAUGAACACAACAUAAAAUAAUAAUAUAUGUAUGUUAUAGCUUUAUACUUAAUACCAGAUAAAUGGCAUACUGGUAUGUUUUCUUUAAAUUAGAAUGUGAAAAAAAAAUUGUUUUAACAUCAAUAAUACAGUCACCAUCUUUCAACCUUAAAUUGUUAUGAAAAAUAUUUUGAAACUCUUUUAAAAGAAAUAAUUCUUUGACUAGUCUACUAAUCAAAAAAUAAUCUGUGACUAGUUGAUUACUAAAAUAAUGGUCAGUUGCAGCCCUAUUAUAUACUGCUGUAGUCUCUGUAAAUCAUUAGUAGCAUAUAUACAACCAGGUCAGGACACAAUGAAAAUAGAUGUCAACCUAGUGUGCAUUGCAUUAGGACCAGAGUAUUCUGUUCUUUGUGAACCGCUUUGUCCAUUUGCCCAUUACACUGUGUAAAUGUCAUUAUAUGUCCAGCAGAAAUAGUCGUAGCCAUUAUAAAAGUCUCAUGUUUUACUGCAUUCUUUGUUCAAACAAUGCUGCACUUUUGCUCUUUUCUUAAGUGGACCUAUCAGGAAACAUUUAGGUUGUGCUUUUUGCUCUGCCAUUAGAAGUCACAGUGAGUGCUAGUUUGUUAGUUGGGGAGCAUAAGAGUUUUGUCUUACAGAAUACAAAUUUGCUUUUCCUCUUAAGCUCUGAAGAAUGGCCUGCAUUGCUGAUGCAGAGUAGAUGCCAGAUAAAUGCAUGAAGGGAGACUUGUACAAUGGCUCCUAUUGUAAAGCUGCCUGGGUGAGCACUCCUCCAUGCAUUUAUAUAACAAGACUGGAUGGUCUGGUCAUUUUUUUUUAAGUGUGUUGUGAAAAAUACACAUGCAGUGUUUGGUUUGUGAGAUUUUGACAUAAUGUAGUGUUGACUAAUUUAUAUUUGCUCUUUUCCAAGCCUUUUCUCUGUCUCUUAAAGACUGUCUUUGAAAUAUGUCAACACGACUGAUACGCCCUGCCAUAAGGAAAAAAUACUGUAACAUUUAUAAAAAAAAAAAAAAUACUCGUAAAUGAGAGUUUCUUCUUUUUAGCUACUACUAAUAAAAUAUAUUAUUUAUUAUAAAUCUGACGACCAAGUUGUCUCCCUUUUUAAGAAGUUGAAACAGGGUUGAUACUGGGUUGGGUGCACCUUUUGCUCUUCAACUGUAUUUUGAAGUGAAUCAUUGUAGUUUACGCUGUCCUAAUAGCAACUACUGAAUGUUAAUAGUGACACAGUGAAACGUGUAAAGAAUGAAGAGGCAUCAGGGUGCUAAGCUUUGAGACUAUAAACUGUAUAUCUGCAUGUAUUUAAAGAACAAAAAUAACUUCAUUCUAAUGUAGUUUCACCUGCUGCAUAUCAUUUAUUGUCCGGAUCACACCAUUUGAAAUUAAACGAAACCAACAUUAGGAUGAAAUUACAGUAUACAAUUGUCCAAAUCCUUAUUUUCUUAAGUCACAGAGGAAUUAUAAAGUGAGUAUUUGGGGCUGCUUUUAAACAAGGCUCCCUCUUCUUUGGUGUUGCAGCAGUUUAUUGUGACCGAGGGAUCUAACAGGCCUAUCUGUGUGAACUGCACUGUUAUGGUCACUGACUGAAGCAUGUUCUCUAUGAGAGAGUUCAACUAUUCUGUGGCAUCUGUGCAUUGCAGACAUGUGACAGGUGGAAAGUAAUGUCCAUAAUGUUCCUGUAAAUCUUAUCUAAAUAAAGCCCAUUU